AUGGCAGCGCCAUCGCUGGGUACGACUGCCCAGCAGUAUGGCGGCACCACCUCGGCGACCCUCGACGGAUCGCUGCUACCGCCGCUCAUCAUCGUCGAAGGCUUUCUCAGCGCGGCUCAGAGCGUCGUGUGGGGCAACGAGUUCCGCACCUACCUCGGGAUAGGACACCAGCAGUUCCUCGACCACCUCGAAUCGCCGCCAGAUGCCCUACCCGAAACGGCACCGGCCGCCGACGACGGCAGUGAGGACAGGAAGCUGCUUUGCUCGACGGCCACGCCUGCGACGACGAAGACGAAAACGAAGACGACGACGGGCAAACGCAAGCGACGCUCUCAGCUCGGCUCGAGCCGCCUCGUCGUCUUUGCGCCCAUCGGGCCCGUAUCCAGCCUGCACGACCGGGCAUGCGAGCUCUUCUACGCGCUUCGCGGCGGCACCGUCGACUAUGGCGCAGAGCACGCCCGGGAGCACGGCCAUUCGAGGUGGGGCAGGCGUUUCGAGACUGCCCUCUGCCCACUGUGGGGGCGCGAGGUCAGGCUGGACAAUGGCGAGGUAGAGAAGCGGAUGCCGGCCCACUUUCUCGGACACAGCCUCGGUGGGCCUACCAUCCUCAAGCUCCAGCAGCUCCUCCGAAAGGGCUUCUUCGACGCUGCCCUCGACUACGAUCGCGAGGCAGGGACGCGGUGGCGGCCGGAGGACCUCCUCCUCUCGGUCACGUCCAUCUCGUCGCCGUUCCGCGGCACGCCACUCGUCUACUCGCUCGGGUCGGAACCCAUCCCCGAGCCACGCGUGCGCUUCUUCAGCCUGGGCAGCCUCAUCGCCAAGGCGGUCCACGUCGCCGCCUACCUCGACGUGCCCUUCUUUGACGCGCACGCCGAUGCCUGGCACUUUUCGUGGAGGGGGAUGAGGAGCAAGAUGCAGCUGCAACGGCAAGGAGGCGGCAGCAGGGCGAUCCAGCUCGACCCGCACACCGUCACCGUCCGCAGCGGUGACUCGGACCUCGAGCAGCGUGGAGAGAAGAAUCAGAGCACCUCGAGCGAGCAGGCGGAAGACGAGGAGCGGUAUGAGGACCGGCGGCUACCAUCGCGCUCCCAGGCCACCAUCACCGAGGGCGGGAGGGCCGGCCAGGACAACGACAACGACGUCGGAGGUAGAGACUGGCAAGGUCUUCGCGGGUUCCUGCGUCAGCUCUUGAAGAGCGACUGGGCAGAGGGGCGGGACUGUGCGCCGUGGGACUGCACGCUGGGCGAGCGGGAGCGGGACGACGAAUCCGACGGAUGGGGGCUCGAGCCGCUGCCUCGGGCCCCGUCCUCUUCCUCUUCCUACCCGUCGCCGACGGCUACCGAGAUGGGUCGGAGGAGUCCGAGGACGUGGUACCGUUCCUAUGCCGGGUACAUGACGGUCCCCUCGCAGCAAGAAGCCGGAAGAAGCGGGGAAGCGCAGGUCCGAGGACUGCCUUACCAUCAACCGCCGUCGUACCUCAACCUCUACCCCUUUACCCUGACCUCGCACCUGAUCGGACGGUACGACUACGCGAGCAUCGAGCCACCGCCGCGAUGGCUCGAGUUCGAGGCCGACGGCAAGACGGUCAGACCCACAGCGGGGCUGUGGAAGUGGUACUGCAACGACGGCGUCGUACCCCUCGCAAGCCAGUUCCAUCCCGGCGAAUGUCAGCCCGGACGAUGCCGACAUGCAGAAGGGAUCCUCUCGACCCUUUUGGUCCCGUCGUCGUCGUGGCCGAUGCCGUACUCGGAAGGCAAGCGGACACCAUGCGAGGAUCAAGCCGACGGAAGGCAGAUUGACCUUCCGACCCGGGAAGAUAUCGAGGCAGCGGCGGCGGAUGAUAUCGAAGCGUUCCCGCUCGGCGGCGGGGGUGAGGGGAAGCGGUGGACGGCCGGGACGAGACCAAAGAGACCUUCGCUGCUGCGUGGCGCCAAGAGCGUGGCGACGGUUGCGCUAUCGACGACGGCGCGGGCCUUCGGGUUGGAGGGCAACGGCGCGCUCCUGACGCCGUGCGACGAGGAUCUGGACCGCUUCCUGCCGCUCCCCGUCACAUCUUCCCCACCUUCGACGGCGGACCACGACCGCAAAGGAGGCGGCAAGCGGCAAGAGGAGCGGCAACGGCGACAGCGGCUGCCAUCUUGGGACAUGACGCUGCCCGAGCCGAACCAGUGGUACACGGUCGAGCUCGACGCGACCGACCACGCCACCCUCUGCCCCUUCUGGACGGGGAGCGACCUGCAGAAACAGUUCUGGACGGGAAUCGGAGUCUACCUCGCCAGCGUCGACCUCCAGGCGGGAUUCAGCCACAGCCACAGCCACAGCCACAUCCACAGCCACAGUCACUGCAAGACUUGA